UGGUAAUAUAAAUAAAGCAUUUCGUUCGUUAUCAGUAUGAAGAAAUCAUUUUGUUUUCGUGUUUAAAAUAUUGAAUCGUGACAAAAGAAAAAAGGACAUAUCGACAAAUUGUUAAACCAUAUCAACGAGCUUUAAACAAUACUGACAUUUAACUUCAUAUAAUAUUAAAUUUACAUCAGCAUUUUCUCUAUCAUCAUUAUUUCCUUUUGUGGAUUGAUUGCAACUGCUUUUAAUAUAUUUAGUUUUAUAGUAUCGACAAUAUAAUCCAGUUGUGUAUUUUACAUUUUUUUACUGCAGAAUUCUAAACUUACAGGAAAAUAUAUGUAUUUUUAUCGGAUAAAAUAUAAAAAAUAAUUCUUUGAAAUGAAAGAAGAGACUAUAUUGUUAUUUAUACUGAAUGUGAUGUCAAUAUCGUCUAGGUCAUUGAAUGAUGUUUGUGACACUAAUGACAUCCAAUGUCAAAAUUCACAAAUCCCUAAACCAAGGGAGAUAAUUUACGGACAAUGUUACCGCAACGCUGCAAUUCGCAGAUUACUGAAAGUCAGUUUCCUCACAUGUCUUAAAGAAUGUAUGAAAACAUCAACGUGUUCCAAUGUUAGUUACAGACGUGACUGGAAAAUGUGUGAUAUAAAUGGAAAUCUGAACUCGGAUGUAAAACUGGUACAGGAAUAUGGAUGUUUUUCAUCGGAUAUAAAUUCAUGGUCUAGGACACUAAUUGGCAAAUGUGCUAGACACAAUUGUGCAGAAGGACACAAAUGUGUUUUGAAAGGAGAUACAACUAUAUGUGAAUUGGCAUAUUGUAUCGGAAAUCCAAAUGUGAGCAAUGCUCUAUUGAAUGAACCAUUUGGACUUUCAAGAGACCUGGGCCACGGCAUGAUGUAUAAGUGUAUAAAAGGAAUGAAAAUAUCUGGGAAACCUUUUGCUGUCUGUCGAGAAACAGGAAGAUGGAAAUCUAUGUUUAUCUGUGAAAUACAAUGUGAGAACGGAUGGAUAGAAUUUGGUGGCCAUUGUUAUUACAUCGGACCUGAUAAAAAAACGUGGGAAGAUUCUGAGACUGAUUGCCAGAGGAAAGGUUCUCACUUGGUUAAAAUAGAGGAUGCAUCUGAAAAUCUCUGGCUGGAACAAGUUAUGAUUGAGAAAAACAUUGAUAGCCUGAGAAUUGGUGCACAUGAUAGUGUUCAAGAAGGAAGAUGGCGAUGGAUUUAUGAUAACACAUCUGUAGAUUUUACCAACUGGGGUGAUAAACAGCCUAAUAAUUAUGAUAAUCAGGAUUGUGCAGAAUUGUUGAAAUCCUCUUCGUACCGAUGGAACGAUGAUUUUUGUACAUCGUUGUUGCGAUAUAUAUGUGAGAAAUCGAUUGGAGCUUAACAUUCUUCACCAAGGUGUAGAUGUAUGUUAUCUUACUUUUGCUUAUGACACUACCAGCAUUAACAUUCCAUAAUACAAUGUUAAUUUUCAAAGUUAUGUUGUUUCUAACGUAUUUAGGUAUUUAUACAUCCUUAGCUUCAAAUAUUUUAUUUUGAGCGUUUCAAAUGAACACUGUGUCUAAACUAUCAAAAACAAUGUUUGGACUCAAUAGUAUAUAAUAUCCGGUACGGUGACGAAUCAUCAACAGACAAUGAAAAGGUAGAAUUUCUGUUUAUUUUUUUGUUAUUUUUAUGAUACUGAAGAAUAUAGAUACACAGUUUAUUAUAGUGACAGUGUGUAUAACAAAAUAUGCACAAUAUUGAAAUAUUUCAAUUAAAUUACACCCGGCCCAAUGGACCUAUCAGUCACUUUAAAUAGAUACUAUAGUAUUAAUUCAGAUUGACAUCAGGAAUUUAUAUACAUGUUAAUUAUUUAAAUAUAAGUGUUGUAUGCGUUUAGUUAAUGACUGUUCUAAGUAUCGAGCUGUUUUUCGAGGAUAUUCAGACAAUAAUACAUUAAACUUUUCACUGUUAUUCAAAUUCAAUACGAUUUCACUAAGUCCAGAGAAUAAUUGAUUAAGUAGCCCAUUGUAAAAUUCGCAUUUAACCAGAAAGUGUAGUUCAUUUUCAACAUUUCCGGAGUCGCUCAUCUACAUAUUCGUUGGUAUUCUGGCUCACCAACAAAACUUCCUUUUUCCAAUCUUAGCGGAAGAAUGCCACAUCUAAAUUGGGCCAGUACCGAUCUUUCUCUACGUUUUAAAUUGGGUUUAAUAUAUGUUUCUGUUAAAUAUAUAGAUUUAAAGGUUCUAUAUGUACGCAGUUUCGGAAAGUUAGAUAAGAGUGUAUGCCAUUUUGUUUGACAUCUAUCCAUAAGAUUGUUUCUGACACUUUUAACAUCACAUUUUAGCAUUUGUUGAAAGUUAUCAUCCAUACCAACUAAGGACAUUAUUGUUCUUACACUAGAUGACCAAUUGUUCGUAUAUAGUUCGUAGUCCCAUAGGAACACCUUUUUUUCAAAGUCUACUAUUGUCCAUAUCCAUCAAUCGGUUCCAGUAUCUAACCAUAUUACACCAGCGACGUUCUUUUGAAGGUAACCAUACAACAUCUCCGUUGAUAGCCAUCUUUGCGAACUCCUAAAAAGUGUCUAAUGGCCUUGUUUUGAACAGUGUCGACACAAAUAAAGUCUUUAUAACCCCACACUGAAGAACAGUAGUCGAGUAUAGGCACAAUACAAGAGCCAUACAGUUUUUCAUAAGUCUUUAUGCCAAAUUCUUUUAAACUGUGUAUCUUCGAUAUAAUAGCUCCGAGUGCUCUUCCUCCAGCUGUAGAAAGAUUUUCAGCAUUCGACGUAUAAUCUGUUUUCUCAUUGUAAAUAACUCCAAGGUAUUUAUAUUUGUCUGUAAUUUGCAAAAUGUUUCCUCCGAUUCUGAACUGAAAUUCACUCCGUUUUUUACGAGAUGCUCUGACUUGUCUGUAUUUAUUAAGACUCUCCAUUUUUUUGCACCAAUCAUGCAAUUUAUCUAGCAUCUUUUGCAUAUCACAUUCAUUCUCGGUCAUCAAAACAAUAUCGUCCGCAUACAGAAGUAAAGACAAUUUCGAUUCUCCAAUAUUAAUACCAAGUCCACGUGCAUUAUUUUCAUCAACAAGAUCAUCAAUAAAAAACAGAAAAUAAUGUCGGAGAUAAAUGAUCACCUUGUGUUACACCAGAGUUACAUAAAAAACAAUCGGACAUUUUAUUGUUUAAUCGAAUACUUGCGGUUGUUUGCAUAUAUAAACUUUUAAUAGAAUUAUAUGUUUUCCCAUCAAUAUUGUUAAACAAUAGUUUGUACAGCAACAUAUCACGAUCUACGAAAUCAAAAGACCU